AUGGUAUCAAACAAUUCGUCGGAGUACGCUCCAAUCCCUCUUGAGAGGGAAUCAUCUGAAGGUUGGAGCAAUGAAAAGAACGAAGUCGUGGUCGUCAAGCCCGAGAAGAUUCGAAUCCUGAGAGCCGAGAUAUCACCUUGGAACUUUACGGCGGCGGCAAUUAUCCUCGUCUUGCUUUCAGCCACGGCGAAUGUUCUUCUCGCGUACCAACUUUCUACUGUAUCUCGCCAGCAAGAGCCGGAGGCUACAUCAGAGUUUGCGGGCCUCUAUCGGGAUCUGCCUAUUCAAAUCUACCCAUCGACUGACUACACUGGGGACAAUCUCACACACGUCACUGAAUUAUGGGAGGCACUGAGCGGCGACACGGGAGUUGUCGCCCUAUCACAAGAUUACAUCAAGGAAAAGAGGCUGCCUCACGCCUUGCCGUUUCCAUGGGAUCAGAGCAAAGGGGUCUUUUUACUCCAAGGAUACCAUGACCUGCAUUGCCUGCGCACGCUUUUUCGCUAUGUCAUGUAUACGGAAACAGGUCAGGCGCAGCACAUUGCAUUGAGUCACGCCCUGCACUGCCUUGACCAACUGCGACAGGGCGUGGUGUGCAACGCUGAUGACACCCCACGCUACGCCGGUUUCCAGGACCCUCCUGGCACGGGCAGCGGGCAGGUCAGGAUGUGCAGGGAUUGGACCAAGUUGGAGAGCUGGGCGGUGGAGAACACGGCGUGCUUCAAGCACAAGGAUGAAGUGCCUGGACCCAUGGUCGACCGCUUCAAGUCGUGUCCAGAUGGCCGCGUUCUUUGGCCUGUGGACACGCAUGACUCCUCGCACUGA